CUUUUGUCGUCUAAUACUACUGGUUUGAAUUGACAUUCUCCACGAUGGCUUCAAAUUCUACGGACUCUGGGGACUCCCGGGUUGAUGAGAAGACUGCGGGCCAGUCGGCUAUGGUCCCUCGCGAGGUUUUUGGGCCGCAUGCAGACGAGACUGGACAGAAUGAAGAUGUCAAUAAGAUGACCUUCGGCCGUUUCAUGGGCUUCACUGCCAUGGCUUUCCUGUGGACUGGGAGUCAGAUUCCUGUUUAUUUCUUCGGAGGCAUCCCUCCCAUCAUCUACGCCUCUAUUGGGGGGGCAGACAGAUGGGUUUGGUUUGUUUUGGCAAACCUGCUUGCUCUUGCUGGUGUCUGUCCGUUCGUUGGGUCCCUCUCCGAUCUCAUCGGACGUCGUUAUGUUGCCUUGAUCGGUGCUACUCUGGUCACCGUUGGAAUGAUUAUCUGCUCGACCGCACACACCAUGAAUACUUUCAUCGGGGGCAUGGCAAUUGCAGGCGCAGGCGCAGGCAUUAACGAAUUAACUGCGCUGGCGGCGACAUCUGAAAUGGCGCCCACCAGGAAGCGUGGCAAAUACGUUGCAGUUUUGAUCUUUACAAUUGCGCCCUUCGCCCCCUCCGUGCUCUGGGCCCAACUCAUUGCGGACACAGGCAGCUGGCGUUAUGUUGGUGCGUUCUGCGGUGCAUGGAGUGGUCUAGGUUUGCUCAUCACGGCUCUUUUCUACUUCCCACCACCCCGUGUCAACUCUGAGGGUCUUAGCAAGUCUGAGAUUAUCAAGCGAAUUGAUUUCGUUGGCGGCUUUCUCAGCAUAUGCGGUCUGAUCUUGUUUUUGGCUGGUAUGCAAUGGGGUGGAUACCAGUACCCCUGGAAAUCUGCUCACGUCCUAGUCCCCCUCAUCCUGGGAUUUAUGAUGCUGGUCGCCUUCGGUUUCUGGGAGAUCUUCGGCGCAAAGUAUCCCAUUUUCCCCAGCCGUCUGAAGCAGGAGCCUCGCACUCUAGGUCUGACUCUUGUUAUCACUUUCAUCUCCGGCGCAAACUUUUUCUCCGUCAUUAUGUUUUGGCCUACCCAGUCGUUCAAUGUCUACGGCCAUGAUCCGGUUGAAGUUGGAAUUCGUAGCCUUCCCGUUGGUUUCGGUAUUAUGGGCGGUGCUUGUAUCGUCCUGUGGUUGCUCAGCGUCCUGCGAGGCCACAACAAGGAACUUUUGAUUAUCAGCAGCGUUUUCAUGACAGCAGGAUGCGGUGCGUUGGCCGUGGCAAACACUAACAACCUGCAUCAACUCUGGGGCCUCCUCGUCAUCGCCGGCCUGGGAAUAGGAGGAAUCGUCGUUCCUGCAUCUAUCAUCACCACCAUCAUCUGUCCAGAUGACCUAAUCGCCACCAUCUCCGCCCUCACCCUCUCCAUCCGCGUCGUCGGCGGCAGCAUCGGAUACACCAUCUACUACAACAUCUUCAUUGAGAAAUUCGUCCCCAACGCCAAGUCCUACAUCGGGGGUGUCAUGGCCACCCAGCUCAACAUCACCAGCCCCGAACUAAUUGGCGAGGCGAUCGAACUCACCGGCGCUUCUCUUCUCCAGGGGCUGCACGAGAUCCCUGGAAUCGCUGGCAACGAGGCCGCGUAUGACGCUGUCGUAAGGGCAGGCCAGAUCGCCUUCGCGGAGAGCUACAAGUGGGUGUACUAUGCGAGUAUCGGGUUCGGGAGCGUGGCGAUUAUUGCUUCGUGCUUCCUUGGGAACAUUGGCGAUUACAUGAAUGACCAUGUUGCUGUGGUGAUUCACUAACAUGUAUAAUUGUUUUCCCCCCCCCCUUCCUCUGUCCGGGUGUUCUUGGGUGAAGUGAUGGGCGGAUGGAUGGGUGUGGGUGUGGGUGGGACAUCCGAGGAACUAUAUUAAUC